GCAAAGGCAAGGGAGGAGAGCAGGAAGACAGUUCACAAGUUGAGCCAAGCUUGCAUAGAGGCACUGAGGCUGUCCCUGGCAAUAUUCGAGUGGCUGGAGAUUCAAGAAAUAAAGGUUCUGUCCUUAGGAUUUAGCUAAAAAUCCUCUUCUAACGUGAGAGGCAAAAUAAACUACCCACCUUGACUCCUCAAGCUGAAUGUGACUCUGAUUCAUAAGAUUUUAAACCAUCAGUUGACUUGAGUAGAGAAAGUAACUUUAAAGCAUCAAGAAAGAAUAAUCUGAAAUAAGAAGAUCAAUAUGGCCAUGCCAGAGAAAUCAAGUUGUACCAAAUCAAGCAAGGAUUUCAGUCAUUUUCCUGAGAUUGUUGAACUCAAUGUGGGUGGUCAGGUGUACAUCACUCGCUAUCCUACUUUGGUCAGUGUUCCUGGCUCCCUGCUCUGGGAAAUGUUCAGUGAAAAGAAUCCUUGCUCCCUAAUCCAGGACAACAAAGGGAGGUUUUUUGUAGACCGGGAUGGUUUCCUCUUUCGCUAUGUGCUAGACUACAUGAGAGACCGGAAACUAGUGCUUCCUGACCACUUUCCAGAGUGUGGUCGGCUCCAGAGAGAAGCAGAAUACUUCAAGCUACCGGAGUUAGUGAAGAUGUUGGCUCCUAAAAUCAACAUGAUCAACUCAGUUGCCAAUGAUUUAUGCCAAAGCGAUCUAGAAGAGCUUCCCACCAACAUUGACAUCGCAUGUAAUCUCUCUUCAAGGAAUAACAUCCAAGUUAGUGGCCCCGAUAACCCCCCAGCUCUGACAGCAAAUACUGGCUCUGACCUCAAGAAGGCAGGUUUCAUCACUAUUGGCUAUCGAGGCUCCUAUACUCUGGGUCGGGAUAGCCAAACAGAUGCCAAAUUCCGCCGCGUGGCCCGAAUCAUGGUGUGUGGUAAGAUCUCAUUGGCCAAAGAAGUAUUUGGAGAUACUCUGAAUGAGAGCAGAGACCCUGACCGUCCUCCUGAGCGGUACACCUCUCGAUAUUACCUCAAGUUUAACUUUCUGGAACAAGCCUUUGACAAACUAGCUGAUGCUGGCUUUCACAUGGUAGCAUGCAAUUCCACUGGCACCUGCACUAUCACCCAUGACCAGACAGAUGACAAGAUCUGGACCUCUUACACUGAAUAUGUUUUCUGCCGGGAGUGACACUUAAAAGAAAUCGCCCAGAAAAUACAAACCAAACAGCAAACUCUCUUUCUUUCUUUCUUUCUUUCUUUCUUUCUUUCUUUCUUUCUUUCUUUCUUUCUUU